ACACACACACACACACACACUCCACUCUAUCUGCAUCUCCUCGCCUCUUUUGCUCGUCACUCUCCCUCCCCCUUCGUCCAUUUUCCUCCGCACUCGCUCCCACCCCCUCGUCCCCGAUGGCCGACCCGACGAGUCCCUCCUCGCCCUCCGGCCAGUCGUCAGCCUCGGGCUCCCGGUCGCAAGAGGCGCUGCGCCUGCAGCGCCAGGCGUACCUUGAGCGCAUCGACUCGACGCCGAGUGCGGAGCCCGCCCCGGCCCCCACGUCGCCCGCGCUCGCACCCAGCCAAGCCCCGAUGCGUGUCGAUCCAAGCCCCCCGCCCGGGCCCGCCACCCUGGGCGACGAGCUGCGCAACCAUGAGCUUGGCUAUGCCAUCCCCAUGCUGGAGCGCGUCUUCGCCAUGAAGCUAGCCGAACAGGGCUCUGCUGUCACCUCGCCCGUGCAGCCGUAUGCCGACGCGAGCUUCACCCCGGGCACCGCGCCCGGCGAUGCCGCCCGGCACCCGCUGCUUUUCAUCCUGGAUGACUUGCACAAGCGCUACCAGGAGGCCUCGUCCCCCGAGCAGGCGGCUCUCCUACUGAAGGCCAGCGUGGAUGUCUUCUUCUUGCACACCAUGCACCACUCGAUUGUGCUGCAGGAGCUACACACCUUCGACCAGAUGACCUGGUCCUGUCCGCAGCUGGACACCUUCACCGGGGACACCCACAUCUUUGGUCUGAUUUUGGCCAUCUACAACCGGGCACUGGAGGAGGAGAAGUCCUCGCGCAUGUUCAAGACCACCGCCCCCUUCCGCAUGGCUCUCCUGGGGGCCAUCAAGUCGGUGGCCGUGUCCUACUCCUCGCUGGUCCUGUCAUCAGACGACAUCCUCAUGGUGACCGAGGACAAAGUCCUGCCGACCGAUGUCCUGCUGGCGCACAUCCUGGUGACCGUGACCACCACGACCGAGGCCUUUUCCUCGUCCAUCAACCCGCGUGUGCUUCCCUCGUGCUUCAUCCCGGCUCUGGUUGAGCACACCCUGUCCCAGGGUGAUGGCAUGUUUGACGAUAUUUUCGGCCACACCCUCGACGCCCUGCACCGCGGCGCCCAGCUCCUGGCUUCGGCCUCACGGUCACCAAUCCUGCUGGAGCACAUCAUCACCCACAAGACCUCGACCCAGGUGUUUGAUGAUACGGUUCGCUUUGUUGGGGCCCUUGUCUUCCUGGUCCGCCAACACCCGGCCAUCAUUGCCAAGAUGGUCGCCCUGCCCAAUUGGUCCUUCCUUCCGACGGAUCGGAUCUUCAGUGGCCUGCCGCGUGAGCUCCUUGCUGGGGGGCUGCUCAACAAUCAGGAUUCCAUUUUCUCACUGAACAUCCAGAUGGCGUCCUUCCUUGGUCCCUUCUUCUCGUUCUCCUUCUUCCCCAAGGACACGCCCUUCGCCCUGGAUUACUUCUUCGGACCCAUUCCCCACCGUCCGGAGGCCAUCAUCCGACAUGUGUCCAUGUAUGGGACCUUCCUCAACAAGAGCACCAGCCGCUACAACCGCAUCGACUUCAAUGUGUCCAUCAAGCGCAGCUUCGAUCAGUACCACACCCACCUCCAUGAUCUGACGUUCCUGGUGCUGAAGGCCCACCGGGACAAUAUGCUGGCCUUCCUGGAGGCCGUGGUCCAGGCCAAUGCCAGUCGCACGCAGCUCCAGGUGAACCCGGCCCGGCUGACCUCCCUCGGCAUGGCGUACAAUGUCCUGGCGGUGCUGCUGCGCCUGUGCCAUCCGAUCCUCGAAGAUGAGCCCUUCCCUCCAUUGGCCCCGGAUGCGUUGACCUUCUGCCAGCUAAAGGCCCCGAUGGAACGCUUCCUGGACCCGUGGUUUUGGCUCCAGCCUGCCGGGCGCCCAUGGGUCAAGGAUGCCACUCGCUGGGCGGCCUCCGAUGCCCAGGUGUCCAGCGUGGAGGCAUACAUUGACAGCACUUUCCCAGAUUUGAAGGACAAACCGCCCGCCUUCGUGACUCGACUCUUCUUCAUGACCUUCACCAUGAUCCAUCGCACCCUGAUCCCGAUUCUCAACCAGUACAAGGAGUACUCCGGCCCGAAUAGCCAGCGCCCGAUCCAGGAUGCGCUGCAGGCCCUCCAGGAUGAGUAUGGCUCCGGGGGGUCGCUGGAUCUGGCCGCCCGGCUGCGUGCUCUGCCCCCGGCAGCCAUGCGAAAUGUCACCAUCGCCGUCUACCAGUCGGAAAUGUUCUAUCGGACGCUGUCCAUCCUGGAGGCGGCGGUGCUGCCCUUCUCGGCCGCUGGCGAGAGUGCCAUGGCCGCCGAGCCGGCCACUUUCGGCUUGCCGGCCUAUGUCUCGCGCUUCCUGGCGACCGCGUCCAAGUGGCUGCUCAGCCUCCUCGGGGGCUUUCAGACCCUUCCACUUCGGACGCCACCAUCGGACCUGGUCCGCUGCUUGCCGGAGUGGCUGCUGGAAACCGUGCUUGACUGGUUCAACUUCGUCAUUUCGGCCAUCCCGGCGGGGGUGCUGUGUCGGACCCUGAGUGGCUUCGACGCGGGGCCCUUCCGCAUCCUGUCGGGCAUUGCCCCGCCUGUGGACUUCCUGGUGACCCUGGCCACGGUGCUGCUGUAUGCUCCGAUGCACAUUCGCAACCCGUAUCUUCGGGACAAGUUCACCGAAUUCCUCUUCUCCCUGCUGCAUGUGUCUUCCUCGCAGCUUCCCCCCUUCUGGGCUCUGGUUGAGGAGCACUACCCGGAGCCAGCGGCCAACAUGGGCCUUCAGGUAAUCAUGCGGAAUGCCACCGCCCGUCGGUGGCUCUUCCCCAUGGCCAUGGCCUUCUACCAGGAGGUCGAGCACACCGGGUCCUCGCACCAGUUCUUCACCAAAUUCUCCAUCCGCUAUCGACUGGCCUGCCUGGUCAAUGUAUUGUGGAUCAGUGACCCGGCCAACACCGUGGUCCCCUCGACGAUUCCCCUGUCCAAUGAAGAGGCCGCCGUGCUGAAUGGGCGCUUUUCUUCGCAGUUCCCGCGCGAGGCCUUGCCACUGAUGCAGCUGGCCGGCGAGACGCCUGCCACCACAGCCGACGGGGCGGCCCCUUCGUCAGCCUCGUCCGGGGCUCUGGCCGCCCCAGCGCCGUCGCUCGAUGGAUCGCUCUCGAAGCACCCCUUCCAGGAAUCGCUGCUGGCGGAGUUCCUCCAAACCUCCCACUCUUCGGUGUCGGCUCCGGGAGGGUCUUUCGUGCGCUUUGUCAAUCUCCUGAUGAAUGACGCCACCUUCCUGCUGGAUGAGGCCCUGCGGCACUUGGCUCAGAUCCACACCCACGAGCAGGAACACCCGCCCGGGGCUGAUGCCAGCACCUUUUCCGAGGGGGCGGCAGCGGCCCAGCGCACACCGCCGCCCCCGCCGGCGACCCCUGCCCGGGCACGCCGCGACCCGAAUGCCCAGGGCGAGCCUGCCAGCGAUGAGGAGGAGUCGGAGGGGGAGGAAGACGCCUCCGCCACUGCCGAACAGACUGACAUCAACACCAUCCGGUCGAGGGCGUAUUCCAGUGUGUCGCUCAGCUUCCAGACCCUGCUACUGUUCCGCAACCUUUCCGGCACCAUUCGCGAGCCCUUCCUUCGUCCGGAGAUCGUCGACCGCCUGGUGGCCAUGCUUAACUACAACCUGUCGCAGUUGGUCGGCCCCAAGUGCACCGAGCUCAAGGUCCACAAGCCCGAGCAGUAUGGCUUCAAGCCGAUCAACUUCCUGCAGGUCCUGCUGAGCACAUACCUCCAUCUGUCAGCGGACUUGGACACCCCGGACUCGGCCAUGCUCGAGACGGCUUCCUCCUCGGCGGAUGGCAGCCUGCGCGGCGUGCUGCCUCCCACCGGUGGGCCUGACUCCGAUGAGGAGGAGGAGGAGGAUGAGGAUGACCUCCUGACCGAGGAUGAGAAGCAUCCCUUCUUGGUGGCCAUGGCCAAGGAUGAGCGGUCCUUCGAUGCGCGGUAUUUCACCACGGCCAGCCUGCUGCUGCGCAAUCGCCUGCAGAAGUCCGACCACGAGAUUGACGCGCUUUUGCGCAUGUCGGCCCGGGUGCAGGCCUUGCGCGCGGCCCUGGCCGAGGACAUGGGCUCCGGCGCCGAGGCUAGCGGCCCGUAUGACGACUCUUCCGACAUUCCGGAAGACUUGCUCGACCCGAUCACCUUCGCUUUGAUGACCGAUCCGGUCAUGCUCCCCAGCAGUCGGAUGGUGGUCGACCGGUCUACCAUUCAGACGCACCUCCUCAGCGACCCGACCGAUCCCUUCAACCGGUCCCCACUGACGGCGGAGCAACUCCUACCUGCCCCCGAAAUCCGCAAGAAGGUCCGACAGCAUCUGGCGCAGAAGCGCAAGGAGCGCCGACUCCGCAUCAAGCAGGCCACCGCCGCCGCCGCCGCCACCACCACCACGACGGCCGGCGACACCCGCAUGCAGGAUCUCUAG